AUGGCACCGAGCUCGCAGAUCACCUCCCACUCCGCGAGGGAAACUUCGGCCCCGCGGCGCGCGAGCUCGUCCGCCGCCAUGGAAAUGGCGGCCAGACCGCUGUCGAGGGUGACACCAAGCUUCUGGACCACGGCUGCCGCCCGAGCCGGCGCCGCCAGAGCCGCUGGCCGCGCAGGCGCCCCGCCAGUCGCCGCAGCCGCCACCAUCGCCGAGGGCCGCGCGGGAAGCGUGUCGGCCCAGCAAUCACCCUCCCGGGGCGAAGGCGGGGCCGCGACACCCUCGCCCUGCGAGCCCCCAGCCGCGACCGCCGCCGCCGCCCCAUCCGCACGGCGCUUCCUGGCGCGACGCCGCUUCCGCCGUGGCCGAGGGCCAUCGGGCGGCGCAGCAGCCGCGGGAGCGCCAGGCAACCCUGCGCCCACACCAUCACCAUCAUCACGAAAGGCGUCCGCACGCGGGCGCUAA